AUUUACUUCAUAAUAACUUGUAGAUUUGACCGGCACAACCGAGUAAGCACUGGAAGGCGCGUUCAGCAAAAAACAGAGAGCUCAAAAAUCUUACUUGAAACGGGCCAGCUUUCCACGCGCACCAGUUUGCACAGAUAUGUCCGAACUGUUGUUUGUGAUGCAUACUACCGUCUUGGGGGCGCAGCUCCUUUGAGUCAACGUGCAGUUGCUGGCGCGACAGCCUUCCAGCUGCGCGUCCAAAUGAUUAACAAUCGGACGCUAUUUGCACUCUUAACGCUCUGCAUAGUAUCCCCGCCUGUCUAUGCGCGCUUACGGUCGCUGAAGGCGAGCGUCGCGCCGCGGCCAUUCCUCGCGAACUACAAGGAGAUUAGACAGCCGCUUGAUGACGGCGCCCUUGGAAACAUUUUCUUGACGUGGACGACGGGGCCGGAGACGCUGGACGCACUGGCGGUGGAGUGCAUCUCAUCAGUCAUCAAUGCUUACGCGCGGCAGUUCGAGCGGCCGGGCGCGCACGGCGGCGUGUACCUACUGGCCAACCAGCUGAGCGAGGAGAAGAUGGAAGAGCUGGGCUGGCGGCGGCGGGGCGUGUACCUGACGCGCUACAGCGUGGAGGACGUGCUGCAGGACACGCCUUUGAGUUCGUGGUACGUAGAGAAGCGGGCCGAGCUGGAGGCGGGCAAGUACUGGUUCAGCCACGUCACUGACCUCAUGCGGUUUGCGCUGGUGUACAAGCACGGCGGCAUCUACAUGGACACCGACGUGCUGGUCAUGAGGCCCAUCAGCCACAACCACGUGAACAAGCUGGUCCGCGCACUCAGCGAUUCAAACUGGUUCGAAUGUGCAGUCAUGUUCUUCCAAGCAGGGCACCCUUACCUGUUCGAGGUGCUCAAACAAAUCCCGCGCCAUUACCGUGCUGUGGACUGGAUCAGCGCCGGGCCCAAGGCGCUCACCAUCGUGUACGAGCAUGCGCCCAUGCACGCGAUGGAGCACCUGCCGGGCCAAGUUGACCCUGGCGUGUAUCUAGGCAUACGGCUGACCAAGGCCAAGCGCUUCUGGAAGGAAGGGCACAUCCGCACGAAAGACUUCAUCGGCUGCGAGGUGAUUCACCUGUGGGGCAGCACGGCACGUGGCUACGUAAUCAAGAAGUCAACCACCUACAUCACCGGCCAGGAGCAGGAGGAGCGGCUGAAGCUGCGCGUAGAUGCGUUAAGGCAAAUCUCGUGGUGUAAGGCCAACGCGCCGCGGCUGGACCACUGCGGAAACGUCACGAAAUGCAGCGCGCUGGUGAAGGCGCUUGCAGCUGCGCCCAAGCCCCCCGCGCCGGGCCAUUCUGACGGUGAUGAGGUGGACCCCGGGGCGGAUGUGGACGGCGAGCAGGAUGACAAUCGGGAGGUGGAGGAGGCAGAGGACGAGGAGUACUCAGAAUCGGAUGCGGCACAGGAGGAAUACUCGGAGGAUGAGCAGGAGGUGGAGGUGGAAGAGGUGGAAGUGGAGGACGGUGAUGCCGGAAAUGGGCAAGGGCACCGCGGGGCCAGCCUGGAGCUAGAUCAAGGGCAAGAUGGGGACGAAGACAGUGGAAGCGAGCUGCGCCGGGGUAUCUGGAGCACCGCGGAGUGGGGAAGUCGGCGGCAAGUGCGGCGUUGAGCCUCCGUGCACACGAUGUCAUGCCCCUCUCUCGGUGACCAUCUGUCCAUGUGUGGAUGGAUGCAAGGACGCGGGCGUGCGGACCUGGAACGCAAGAGACUCUAGCGCUGUGUAGUGCCAAGACAUGAGUGGUACAGAUAAUGCUGAGAAGCGACACGUUUGUGGAGCUGGGAAUCCGUGCAUCGGUGCAGGCAGCCGCAUCUGGCGUGUCCUGCUCAGCUAUGGGGACAAUGGAAGGUGGUGGCCGUGAACGCCUGGGCUACAAAUUGGCUUCACCUGCACCGUUGCUGGUAGCUGCUGGGGGGGCCUGAUGGAGGAGCCGCUAGGCAGGGUUUGCAUCUUUGAGGAGCGGCAAGAAACGGGCCCCCAAUACAGGCCCUCGAGAAAGAUUGGGCAUUU